AUGGAGCAGCCGCAAAUGUCCCAGCCUGCUGCCCAUCAUCACGAUGAUAGUCACCUCGUGACAGCUUAUUUUCCGAACUCAACUCCCACGGCUCCUCCUGCAGCACAUCUUCCCCCGCAAUUACCAUUACUGUCAUCGCCCCAGGAGGCCUCUUAUCCCUCAGACUCCAACUACCACCCCGGUCCUCUCAACACCUCUCACUCCGAUUCGCAUUUCCAGCCACCUCAUUCUCAUUCUCGACGACAGCAUAGUCUGUCAUAUCGAUCCGAAGAGCGCGCUGAGCACAUCUAUGCUGAAUCUGGGCAGGCAUCGGUGCCCCCGGAGACAUCGGUUUCUUCGCCUUAUCUCGAGAACGGCUCCAUAUUGACCCGAGCUUCAAUUACGAGCGAGGCCGUGCGCAAGGAAGGACGUGUUCGUGGGAGUUGGACCGAUCAUUCUUCAUACAUGUCAGGCGAUAACCAUCCCAAUGGCGCAUCCCGCGUGCAUAAACGAGCGGUCCAUGACGAUGACAUCUCCCCGGAGCCUGAGGAGCCGGACGCUCUGUUAAUGGUGUUUCGACUCUCCCUCCCCGUUCCCGUAUUCUCCUUCUGUGCGGCAUUCUACACCAUCUUUGGCCUCGUCUUCGUCCUCAUAAUGACGCCUCUUCGUAUCGGUUCCUGCAUUCCAUAUUUCCGGGCCACGUCCUUCCGUGCACAGCUCUGUGGCUUGCUGGUACCCCAGUUGCAUAUUCAUGAAAGAUUGGUCUGUUUGCGACAGUCCUCAAGUAGAUCGUCAUCGACUCAGCCAAUCUACGACCCGGAAGGAUUGUUUGUUGAAGAGUCCAUAGACUCCUACUCCAUCGGAGGUCUUCUCAUGGUACUGCUCUUAUCGCCUUUUUUCUCCAUCGCCGUAUUUCUCCUCGCUUGGAUUGCAGCCUUUUUCUGGAUCUUCGCCGUGAUGUUAGGCAACCCAGAUGGCACGGAGCGCAAAGAUGACGGCCGCGCCGCCGUUCUUGGAGUUUGCAGGUGGUGGCAGAUAUGGCUUGGCAAGGCCCGUAAGCCGCUCGCUUAG